CGCCGCUGCAGCAGUCCCAACUCGCGUAUUCCUUGCCUCACCCCCUUCUCUAGCUCCCUCACCCACGAUCGGUCGCCCACAUUCCCAGAUACCAUAGUCCCUUGGAAAAUUUUCCACAUUUAUUUUCAAGCACCGCCGAACCAACAGUAGGACAACAUGGCCUCAGGUGUCACAGUGAAUGAUGAAGUCAUCAAGGUCUUCAAUGACAUGAAAGUGCGUAAGUCUUCAUCCUCUGAUGAGGUAAAGAAGCGCAAGAAGGCUGUCCUUUUCUGUCUCAGUGACGACAAGAAGAAAAUCAUUGUGGAGGAGGGCAAGCAGAUUCUGGUGGGUGACAUUGGGGAGACCGUGGAGGACCCUUAUGCUUGCUUUGUCAAGCUCCUACCUCUGAAUGAUUGCAGAUAUGGCUUAUACGAUGCCACCUAUGAGACGAAAGAGUCUAAGAAGGAGGACCUCGUAUUUAUUUUUUGGGCACCAGAAGGGGCACCUCUCAAGAGCAAAAUGAUAUAUGCUAGUUCUAAAGAUGCCAUCAAAAAGAAGUUUACAGGUAUCAAGCACGAAUGGCAAGUCAAUGGUUUAGAUGACAUUCAGGACCGUUCAACUCUGGCAGAAAAGCUGGGAGGCAACGUGGUUGUAUCGCUUGAAGGGAGACCAUUGUAAAAGGAAAAAAAGACAUGUGCCAUCUGGAUUCCGCGCGCUUUCAUCUUAGCAGCUGUGUCUAUAUCAUUUGAUCCUGAAGGAGUAGCAUUAGAUUAACUUUUUUUUGUUUGUUUUGUUUUCUUUAUUUUUGUUUUGUUUUUCCACAAUGAAGGAGAUCUCAUUAACAUGUGCAAAAAAAAGAAAAAAAGAAUGAAGGUCCUACUACUUAAUAACCAGCUGAUAUUAUCAAUUCCUGGUAGGAGAUUUUUUUUUUUCCUUCCAUAAAACCUUCAUGGGAUGUUCGCACAUUGUGUGUUUUGCCAAACCAAAAGCAAGAUGAGGCACUACCAGAAACUAAUAACGCUCCCUACACUAAGACAUGAAAAAUCACAGACGGCACUUUUGGCAUCUUUUUUUUUGUUGUUGCCAUGGCUGCGGUGUCGUUUCGAAGCUUAAGACAUAACUGACAAUGCUAUCUGUUUAUGCCUUGACAAUUACUCACUCCCCAGGUGCUCGCUGCUAUCCAGAGCACUUUGCACUCUUGAGUUUGAAAUGUAUUUAUAUAUUGAUGGCUCUACCUAAUUGGGCUUUAUUUUGACAUGGCAAAACACGUUUUACACUAUGCAGAAAAAGAAAACGCACUUUUUUUGUAUACACUGCAAGUUUAGGUAGGAAGUUUCAAAGAGAGAAUGACAAUUUGAAUAUCUUGUUUGUCAUCCGGACUGAAGUUUUAAGAACCACAGUUUUCCAUUCCUGUUAUGCAUAUGGACAAGGACAGAUGGGUAUAUGACAGUUCCGUUUGCAGCCUUACUUUCAUUGGAAUGUACAGUACACCGCUGAAUACCGAGGAGACGGGGGUGCUGCUCACAGUUUUUAUAAACACUGAAAAGAGAACACAUACACACACUAUCUGUAAAGAUGGCAGUAUCUGCAUUUGCAGCCUUAAGUGGAACAUUGUUUUUGAGAUCGAGGAAGUUCGCCACUUCGCAAUAAAAUACUUUGUGGCAGACAACACUAA